AGACCCGCCAGCUCAGUAUAUAAGCAGUGGGAGCCAGGGUCGCCUUUUGUUCCUCGGCCCUCAGCCUCCCCACCGUGCUGCUCAUCCCACAAGUGAACCGACGCCAUGGCACCCAAAAAGCCGGAACCCAAGAAAGAGGCUGCCAAGCCAGCUGCGGCUCCUGCCCCUGCUCCUGCCCCAGAACCACCAAAAGAACCUGCUUUCGACCCCAAGAGUGUGAAGAUUGAAUUCAAUUCUGAACAAAUUGAAGAGUUCAAAGAGGCCUUCAUGCUGUUCGACAGGACCCCAACAGGAGAGAUGAAGAUCACAUACAGCCAGUGUGGUGAUGUCAUGCGAGCCCUGGGACAGAACCCAACCAAUGCAGAGGUCUUAAAGGUGCUGGGGAAACCAACACCAGAAGAAUUGGGCUCGAAGAUGCUAGAUUUUGAUACCUUCCUCCCAAUGCUGCAGCACAUUGCCCGAUCCAAGGACCAGGGGACUUAUGAGGACUUUGUGGAAGGGCUACGCGUCUUCGACAAGGAAGGGAAUGGCACCGUCAUGGGAGCUGAACUGCGCCACGUCCUUGCUACUUUAGGGGAGAAGAUGACGGAGGCUGAAGUAGAACAGCUAAUGGCAGGGCAAGAAGAUGCCAAUGGCUGCAUCAACUACGAAGCUUUUGUCAAGCACAUCAUGUCUGGUUGAAGAUGGAAUCCUUAAAGUUCUUGGGAGGAGGGGAAAAAAAUCCAUCCAGCAAGAAUUUCUUACCUCUUAAUCCCGUACACCUCUACAUUGCCCAGGAGCUGCAUUUGCCACAAGGCAUGUAAGAGGGACUCUCCAUUUCCACAGUGUAACAGCCUCUGUAUAUAAAGAAUGCAUA